AUGUCGUCCAGCAACCAGGAGCUCUCCGCGCAGCACCUCCACCAGACAGCCACCUCAGCCUACACGUACUCCGGCGCCAACCAGGUCUACUACGAGGCACAGAACCAGUGGUUUCAGGAAAAUCGCUCGAAGAGGAAAGGCCCACCGUCAGCAGCAUUGUCCACACCACUGGCUACUCCCCAUGAAGACACGGAUGAGGAGAUGGAUGCACGACCCAAGAUCGCGCAGCCACAGCCCGCAGACGCCAACACUACUCCUCUGAUACAGCCGCUGGACAUUGACGCGCAGGCCGCAGUCUCGCUUGCGGCGGCCCAAGCUGGGAUCAACUCCAACGACCCCGCGGCAAUUACUGCCUGGUUGGGAGAGUCCAUCACCACACGCAAACAGGUGAUGGAAACCAUCCGCGCCUACCAUACUGGGGUGAUUCGCAGCGAGAUCAGCAACAUCGUCCUCCAGGUUGAAGGAGUCGUCCGCCAACUGGACAAUAGACUACUCCUCCAGCAUGACCACCUUCGCUGGCUCACUCAGGAAAGCAGGAUGGAGCAGAAGAAGCUCUCAGGGCUUCAGGUCCUCACCACCGGCUGGUCCCCGACAAUGUCAGGUGAGGAACGUUUGUACCAACUCAACUGGAUGUUCGAGCAGGUGGACUACUUCCGUCGCUGGCUCUCUGACCGCGGGCACAACAUCGACGGCCCCAACGUUCCCUACAUCUUCAUGAACAUCCUCCAGUGUGAGCCGGCUACUCCUCCGUCCGGCCAGCAGUUUUCCACGGUUUCAAUUUUAACAUUUAAAUCUUGGGAUUUGCGCCAGCAGUUCAUGAGCACGUACGGUGGCCCCACGGGGACCCCCUUGUACAGAGAUUCUUCCACGCGCGAGAAGAACCGCCACGUCAGGGCGACACCAGCUUCGCCACAAUUUCAAAGGAAGAUGGAAGUGCCCAUUAGAGUACUCCUCUCCCUCAUCAAUGAAAGCGAGCUGCUCGAAUCCAAUCAGGUCACCGUGCUAUGGAAGACCUUGACCAUAAUGCAGCCGCAAUCUGUUCGCGAAUUCGAUGAUCAGAUCCGUGCCUUCGCAAGGAUGCAUUUUUUCGAAGACAAGGGAAUCAUGAAGGGCAUCCUAGAGGUUACUCCUCAGCUGAUGGAAGCGUUGCAAGCAAAGCCACCCAUCGGCUCGGAAGAACCCACCAUGUGGUCAUACCACUGGGCGAAGGUCGUUUAUGGUGUGCAACAUGAGUUGGAUGUUGCAGACCAGCACCAGUUUGCGAGGGCCCGGACCCAGGCCAAAGGCUCGGGAAAGGGCAUGGAGGUAGGCCAGACUAGGCGCCACUGGGCCUCCUCAGCAGUCUACUCCUCAGCGGACAAUCCGUUUCCAAUCGAGAUGGAAGUUCGCGACGUAGACGAUAUCUAUUUCGUCUGGGACGAGUAUUGUGACAAGUUCCAGAGAGCUGAUUUGAAAAUCGGCAGCUACCAGACGGGUACUGUCCAGGGAGCGCGCCCCUCGGCUACUCCUCCUACAGCCACAGGGGAGAGCGCAUUGUCAGUGUUUGCGCAGCCGAAGGCUGGCGCCAUGCAGCCCCCGUCAUGGGUGCCAAAGGCACCAGUUUCCGCAGCUGCCAAAGGCAAGAGCAGGGAAGUCGAAGCACAAACAGUAGGCUACUACGCAGACGCCUUUACCGGCAGUGGCGUAGCAGUCGCGGUGGAGUCAUAUGCCAGGGCCGCUUGGGCAAGGGCACUGGCAACAGGGAGAAGCCCCAGAGAGCGGCUCACGGCCGCGUAG